AUGUCCAACGGAUCCGUAUCUUUUCUUCCUUCUCAGGUCGACGCGCCUGUUUCUACGAGGCCACUCACUACCUCCGCGUCCCCGUUCGAUCUGCUCUACGCCGAUAUCGUGCUCUUCUUCCAAAACUGGAGAUAUCUCCCUGGAAUAGUCCUUCCCCUCACACCAACGCCUUCCGGGCCACUUGACGAGUUAUACCCUUCAGUGGCGAAUCUAUGGGCAAUCUCUGUCCAUGUCGUCCUGAUCGUCAUAGAAGGUGUUUACAUCCUGUCUAUUCCUCUAUCGCCGUUCUUCGUCAAUGCAGCUUUCAUCGCGUACUCUGGCACUGUCCUGAUUAUCGUGUAUAUGAUCUGUUUCCUUUUGAACAAGGGUGUAAGCGGGGAGUUUGUGUUUAGCGAUGAACAUUUGCUAGAAGGAUACGAGAAGAGGGACGGGGAAGUCUGGGUAUUUGUGAAUGGUGUCGCCGUGGGAAAGCACUGGUUGAAGAGCAACGUGAACAGACUCUCGGAAACAUUCCGCCGACGCAUCAUCGGCGUCCACAAUCCUACCGGCGGGAUCAUUUUUGACGUCAUCCAAUGCCUCGUCCAGCGCGACUUCUCCUACGACACGCCGGACGUGCGCCAGAGCUACGCCUACCUGAAAACCGCGCUGCUCGACCAGUCCGUGCACAAAGUCGUGUUCCUCGCGCACUCGCAGGGCGGCAUCAUCGCGUCCAUGGCGCUCGACUGGCUGUACGCCGAGCUCCCCGCGGCGGCCCUGUCCAAGCUCGAAGUGUACACCUUCGGCUGCGCGGCGAACCACUUCAACAACCCCGCGCGGCGCGCGUCCCACGUCCACCCCUACGACCGCCAACCCAACGGCACGUCCCCUCCCGCUCCCACGAACGGGCACACGCCGCACGACGCGCGCAUCGUCCCGCACAUCGAGCACUACGCGAACGGGCGCGACUUCGUCUCGCGCUGGGGCGUGCUGCACUUCGCCGCGUCCGCCUGCGCGAACCGCUUCGCGGGGCGCGUGUUCGAGCAGCGCGGCGCGAGCGGGCACCAGCUGGACCAGCACUACCUCGACACGAUGUUCCCGCUCGACGCCGCGCGCACGCGCGUGCGCGAGGAGAACGCGUUCAUGGACGCGCCGUGCGAGGUCGAUGCGGAGCUGGUGGUCGCCAGGGAGCAGCCGGCGGCGGACGCGAUUGGCCGGGCGCGGCGCAAGGGGAGCGGCGAGGAGCUGCGCCGCAGGUACGUUGACGCUGCGCGGGCGCAGGCGGCUGCUGCGAGGACGAUGCGGGUGAAGGACUUGAGCCGGCUUUGGCUCUACCGAAACGGAGAGGUGCCUGAGCAUAUCCCGGCGUCCCCUAUAGCGAACUAG